GAAUCAGCGGAGGAGAGCUCGGUGCUGUCGAGCGAAGAAGCAUCGAACGCCAAGGAUCAGGACUUUCGGCUCACCAGGAAGGCUCUGACUCAGUGCCUUAUGCCACUGAAUCAUCUUCCAGAGCCGGUUGAUCCAACACUGCACACCGGAGUGGAUCUCCUGGGAAAAACCGUAGAGCAGCAUCGGAUGGAGGACGAGGAGUCGCUGCAGGAGACUGCAGUCGGUUCUUUCCGAGAAGAGGCGGCAGGGGAGAGCUCGGUGCUGUCAAGUGAAGAAGUGCUGCACCCUACGGAUCAGGAAGGGCCUGACUCAGUGCCUACGCCACUGUAUCAUCUUCCGGAGCCGGUCGAUCCAACACUGCACACAGGAGUGAAUCUGCUGAGCAGCUUCCUUCUUCCUUUCGGACACCUGGCAUUUGUGAGUUGGUCGCCGGAUUGCCGUGCACACUUCCUUGCCCGGGUGGGCCGGUUUGCAACUAAGGUGGGAGAACGGGGCUUUGACAUGACAAUUGCAUACAGUUGCGCAGGAAACAGGACGCCUGCUAUCGCGAACAGCAGAGGACGUUGGUUAUCUCCUCACAGGAAGCCUCCAAAGCUGUUUUGGUGCCGGCCAGGGUGCGCACGCAGUGCUGGCUCCGUGAGAGAUGAGAAGGACGAGGCCUCCACAUCAGAUGCGACGCCGUAUCGUGGAAGAUGCUCUGUUGAGGGGGUGAUACUCCCUAUUGCGGACACGGAGGCACCUGAGGAGGACCAGGCUUCCAGCAUAGACUCGCGCCUGAGCAAUCGAUUGCAGCUAAAAGCCAGCAGUCAGCAGUUGGGCUCGACAGAAGGCCCUGGCAUGUAUGCUGAAGUUCCAUCCGAUCGGGUGGAAGACAAGGCCAAGCUGUAUCACGUGCAUGAGAGCCAGGACCACCUGGAUGCGUUUCAAAACGUUUUCCGCCGACUACGGCGUACAGGGCGAGAUGAAACCGACAAGGAUGUCUCCGACUCCAUGUUGAAGGCCAUGGAGUAUGCGAGAAAGAAGAAGGAGGGUGGAUGUGUGGUGAAGGGCUGGGUUAAGCUGGUCUCCUGCAUGAUUGACGGAUCGACCCGGGAUGCAAGCGUCGCAGCCAUCGCCAAAGCGGCUCCCCUCGUCUCUUCUGCUUCCGUUACCUGGUACCUGGUAAGGGCAGCAGUCCUGGCAUCGUCGGACGCCGCAAGCCUUUUCCACCCCCUGCUGUUUGUGUACUCGGGUGGUCCAGCCGGGGAGCUGGCAUUCUCGUCCCUCACGCCCGCCGAGACAGUUCAACGACAAGACAAGAAGCUUCGAUGGACUCCUCAUAUGGCUAUGAUGCGCAAGAUCAUGGCUGGGCAGGGCAGCGUCCUGGGUCAGCCCUUGUCAAGGCUUCUCACGGAGCGAGCCCGCUGCACCGAAUCCGAGAUUGCAACCGGCAAGGUCCAGAAGCUUCACAGGGAGAUUAGCCGCUACAGGCGUCCGAGCGUUGUGAAGAGAACUUUUUCACCUUUGGCCGGGAAGUCCUUGGCCGGGCUAAGAGGCCAGAAGAGCGAUUCUGAAGGCCUUGACCUAUGGGGCGCGCUCGAAGACGGGCCGCAGGGAUCGCCGACUCCGACGAGUCCUCAAGCUGCCUUGCAGAAGGGCACGUCGACUCUGGACCUUCGGGAGCUUGAAGACGCCGCCGAAGGCGAAUUGGGAGGAGAUGGCCAGCCGUCGAGCAGCGAGAGCUCGGAAGAAGAAGCGGCCGAAACGACUCAGACGAUGCUGUCGAUUCCACCGGUGCUCUCCAGGUGUGGAAGCCGCGAAGAGAACAACAGCAACUGCUCCGGUCAAUCGCCUCGCAAUUCGCCGCGUCCCAGCUUGCUGCGUCGCCUUGCAUCGGAUGACGGUGAGAUGGCAAGCCAGGCACCGCGCAACAUCCGUGCUACGCUGAAAGACAAAAUGCAGAACAACGGAAAUCAGGAAAUGCGCGAAUCAAUCCAUGGUUUGGGAAGAGAGGCGACGCUGUCAGUAUUAUCAGAAGAUGGAAAGACACCGAAAGGAGCCGAUCAAGACGAUCAUCGAGCAUCAUAUCGAUUUGGUCGGAAGACGACCUUCACGAUCAACAAGGCGGCAAAGAAAGGUUCCCGAGCGAAGAUUCGAGCCAGUCAAGCAGAUGGAAAAGGAGGUGGGGAACCAAAGAAGGCCCGAGAGAAAGGACCUCUGCCAUUUCGAGUCAUCAGCUGGAGCUCGCAAAAGCGGAGCUAUCGCUGUGCCGCACAAAACUUGGAGCCUCCAUCCGACCAGGCAUCGAUUUCACGGCAACUCGCCGAGCUGGAGUCUGGCGCAAGCAUGGCGAACCAAUGGGAGACGGAUGCUGCACCGGAGCAUUUCCUUUUCCUUGAUUUUGGCAUGGAGGCUGAGAUCACCAGGGUCAAACUGCGCUGCACCGGGACGCUCUACGAUCCCAAGAGUGUUACUGUCAUGCGCGCUGUCAUCGGCGUCCUCGAAGUUGUCGAAGAGCAUAAGCGGCUGGCCGAAGAGGCACAAAGAUCACCUGAAGCCAGUGCGGUGAACACACUCGCAUUGAUCACGAAGGGAACCUGGGCCGUGAUCACAAGAGCAUCUUUGAAAUCCGGUCCACAGGCUCGCGAUCGGCAUUCGCACACUCUGCGGUUCCCGCCCGUUCGCACGCGUUUCUUGCGAAUCACAUUUCAUGAGUCGCACUCGUCCUCCGGCAAUAUGCGCCUGCUGCAGCCGUUGGUUGUUUACGGCAAGCUGCUGCGUCCUCCAGUUCCAGCUCGCAAGCUGUCCACCACGAUUAUGUUCCAUGAGCGCUGGGUCGAUGAAAUGGAGCGUUCAACGCGAAAGCUGGCACGGAAGUACCGGAUACCUAUUGACUACACGGAAACGGCCGCAAAGCAGUUCAAGCGGUACGACACGGAAAAUCGUGGUUUCCUGAACUUCACCGAUUUCAAGUGCGUGGUCCGCGCACUGACCUACCGCCAUCUGGGCCAAAAGCAAGACGUGAUGCUUCAAGACAGCCACCUUCGAGCACUCUGGAACAUCGUGGACAAAGAUGGUAGCGGCUGUGUGGACUUCGAAGAGUUCCUGCAGUGGUUCUACUCCCACUUCCAGAAGGAAAAGCCUCCAGCAAGAAGCCUCCACUGUGACAGAAUGGUGGAUUCGGUGACGGAGCACUUCUAUGCAUCCAUGGGUGUGAACAGACUUCGGUGCUACGUGACUUCCCUCGAACCCGAACCCGGACACGAGGACGAUCAAGCGGACAAGGAGGAUCGACGUGCCGAUCAGGCUCGUGCGUGUAGGUUUGUUUCUCGCGAGUGGGGGCGCUUUGGGUGA